ACCGGCACCGGUGGGACCGGAACGGGACGGAACCGACCCUGCUGGGACCGAACCGGCACCGGCGGGAUCGGACCGGGACGGAACCGACCCUGCUGGGACCGAACCGGCACCGGCGGGAUCGGACCGGGACGGAACCGACCCUGCUGGGACCGAACCGGGACCGAACCGGGACUGGUGGGACUGGACGAGGACAGAACCGGGACCGAAUCGUGACCGGAUCGGGACCGAGCCGGGACCGCUGAAACCCAACCGGGACCGAACCGGGACCGCUGGGACCAAACUGCGGCUGGUGAGACCGAACCGGGACCGAACGGUGCCCGGAGGGACAUAACCGGUACCGAACCGGCCCCGGCGGUACCGAACCGUGCCCGGUACCGUCGGGCCGCUCGGGUCCGCAUGGAGCCCGACGCGCUCGUGCAGUGCCCGUACGACCGGAGCCACCAGGUGCGCGCGUCCCGCCUGCCCUAUCACCUGGUGCGCUGCCAGCAGAACAACCCGCAGGUGUCGCGCACCUUGGCCACGUGUCCCUUCAACGCGCGCCACCGCGUCCCGCGCGCGCUCCUGCGCGGCCACGUCACCUCGUGCCCCGACAAACUGCCGCUCGAGCUGCCCCCAGACCCCGAGGACAAGGCCAGGACAGGCGGGGGACCCCCCCAGGCCUGGCAGCCCCCCCCGUGCCAGGAGGACUGGGACGCAGAGCUGAGCGAGCUGGAGCUGGAGGAGCCCCCCCCGUUCAUCCUCCACGUCACCAAGGGGGACCUGCCUGUCCCCUGCCUCAGCUCCGACCCCGCCGUCCCCCCGGAGGGGCUGGCACCGAGGAAGCCGCGGCCGGCGACAGCAGCGCCGCGUUUGGGGACAGCCGGGCCCUGCUCGGGGACAGCGCAGCCCCGGCCGAGGACGGCGGGCAGGGCCCGGGGGGUCCCGGGGGGUCCCGGGGGGGCGCUCGGGGCCGGUGUCAGCAUCCUGGUGGGGGCCCCCAAGGCCAACACGAGCCAGCCCAAUGUCACCCAGGGGGGGGCCGUGUUCCACUGCCCGUGGCCCCCCGAGGGCGGCUGCGCCCCCAUCGACUUCGACCACAUCG